UUAUGAUUUACACUUCGCCCUUUACCACCAUAAAUUUAUUCGGUUAGAGCCUUUAUUCAUGAGCAUUACUUACCUAUGCACGAUCAUUAUUCAGCCACCUGAAUAAUUACACACAAUUUCGUAUACUACGUAUACCCACCAGAACAUCAAGGACGAGUAUGAGCAUGAGUAUAAAUGCUGAUGUAUAUUGUGUCUGUUGUCUGUCUUUCAUAUUAUGUAUCUACUCGGUUCUCAGUUAUAGAAUCCCACAGAGAUAAAACAUACAGAAAUUUCCAUUUUCUAUCAUACACGCAAAUAUAGAGAAAAACCAUAUCAAAAGCUCGCCCCGUAAAACGUAACAUUUAUACCUUUCAAAAUUCCAGAUCUAAUAAAAUGGAAAUUUACAACCAACAACAGUUGCCAAUGUACCAGGUCUACCAUUAUUCUUUAAGCUCAUCACCAACUAUAGACGUAUAACAUCCCCUUGCCCAUUCUAUUUUCAAAUGUAUUGGUUGGCGGUUUAUGGAGACACAAAUAUGGUGGUAUUGUUUGUUGUUGUUGUUGUUGCUAAUGGAUGCUACCGUUCGGUCCCUGGGAGGCUGGGAAAACAUGAGAGUUCGGUACAUGUGCACACAGCAGUCGUAACCAUGCACAGAAUUAUAUUUUGUAUUAUAUAGAAGCGUCGAGCCAUCGUCUAUAGCAAUAAUCAAAACAUACAAACCAUCAUCAUUGCAUGCUGCUUGUUCCUUGUCGCUGUGCGUACAGUCUCCCUGUGAAUAUACCAAAAAUAAAUGUUUUCCUCUCUCUUGUUGCAAAAAUUUAAAUGAGAAUGUGAACGGCGCACUGAUUUUUCAUUAUUUUCCCUUUCUCUUGCCACUAUCGUCCAUUGACACAUCUCGAACACAUUUUUCUAUAACAGAGCUCUGAUAACAGUUUUGCUGUACAUACAAUUUAAAUGCAGAAUUUGGAGGAGAAAUAAGAUAGCUGAAAAAGGACCAUAGAGAAUAUCCUUUUUUGCGAAAGAGCAUAGGGAGAGAGAGAGAGAGAAUUUUCCCGGCUCAAUUAUCUCCGGAAAGGAUUCGAAAUAUCCCAAGAAUGGAAAUCGAGGUGAUUGAAAGUGUUUAGUCGUACAGUAAGCGUUUAGUCGCUGAACUGAAUGGUUCAGUGUGUGUUUUAUCGGUUGAAUCCUUGGUAGAUCCAAUAAUUGUGCGGUCCAGUUCGUUUACAUUUUACCUUGUGUACCAUUGGAGUGCAAUUGAAAUGUCGCUGAAUGCAUGCAUAUGAUAGUACUCUCGUAUAGAAAAGCUACCUUGUCGUCGCGAAAAUAGUUUUCGGUCGGUUUUUCGUAGUUUUUUUUUUAUUUUGCUGUUGAGCUCAAUUUUCAUUCAAAUGUUGUUACAUACAUUCGCCAACCGUUAUAUGCAUGACAUGUAAGAAAGGAUAAAAAUUUAAAUAUAAAUCCAGAAAAAAGAAACAAAACUUUUAAAUUAGGUUUCCUUUUACGAAAAUGAAUCGUUUUUUUAUUUCUGUACUGUUUUUUGAAUAAAUAUAAAUUCGGUGUUGUGAAAAUAUGUACAUAGCGAUUUAAGAAAAAUAGAUGUAUAGCGUCGUUUAUGUAUAUUCUAUAUUUUUAUGUGUGUGGAAUAAAUGAAUAAAUAAAAAAAAAGAGUUGAGCGGAAAGCGGCAGAGAAAAAGAAGGGAAGGAAACCAAAAAUAUUGUCGAAUAAAAGUUUAUGUUAAUGACUUCAGGACAAUGGGAUUUGAAUGCCUUGGAGGCGUUAGAGCGAGAAGCCUUAGAUGUGUUCGAUGCAUUAGAUGUACCCGAACACAUACGGCCACGUUCAUCGCCGCCACAUCAACAUCAUUCACACACCUAUCAUCACCAUCAUCUAAAUCGACCCCAUUCCAUAUUAACAACAACAACAACAAACCCCGACACCAUGGACAUAGAAUUAGAGUCUCAUAUACGGAACUGUCCGUGUAACUGCAAUCACAUGGGAUACGGAAAUUUCAUGGACUAUCAAGUGAGCCUCCCAGAGACUUUAAUAGCUACAAGAACGAAUGUAGAGACUCCGUGUUUCGGUGGUUUACCGGAUGUGACGGAACACGCUAACCGACAUCCAUUGACAUUGCGCGAACCAUCAACAAAUUCAGAAUCGUUGGAUAUAAGUACGCAUCAAAAAGCACCGCUCCCAUCCAGAUCAUCGAGCCCAACCACUCCCAGUGCACAGCAAAAAGAAAUUACAAAACGAAAAUUGAACAGGAAAUGCGGUUUCUGUACAUGUUUGGCAAUAUUUUUCUUGAUUUCUUGUGCUCUUAUUGGCAUACUAGUUAUACAUUUUAUAUGGAGUGAGAACAGUGGAGAUCGAGAGUCACAGGACCAGCGAUUGAAAAUCGUACGACGAUUACUUCGUGAAACACCUCUAAUAGAUGGUCACAACGAUUUACCAUGGAAUAUUCGAAGAUUUGCACAUAAUCGUCUCGAGUACCUGAAUCUUAGCGAAGGCCUAGAUAGAACUGAACCGUGGAAUAGAUCACCGUGGUCACAAACUGAUCUUCCCAGAAUGAAACGAGGUCUUAUUGGGGCACAGUUUUGGUCAGCGUAUGUACCGUGUGAAGCGCAAGGCUUGGAUGCCGUCCAAUUAGCAGUAGAACAAAUCGAUUUAAUACGACGUUUUUCUGAUUCAUAUCGUCGCCAUAUGGUGCUCGUAUUGUCAUCCACAGAUAUUUCUGCAGUUCAUCGUAAUGGCUUAAUUGCGUCGCUCAUUGGUGUCGAGGGUGGCCAUGCGCUAGGUUCAUCGCUUGCUGUAUUACGAUCAAUGUAUACACUUGGAGCAAGAUAUUUAACAUUAACGCACACUUGUGAUAAUAGAUGGGCUGGUUCGGCUACAUCCACCGACACCGGUUUGGGCUCUUUCGGUAGAGCUAUCAUCAAAGAAAUGAAUCGCUUGGGAAUGAUGAUUGAUUUGUCACAUUCGUCCGAUGCGACUGCCAAAGAUGUAUUACGAGAGACACGAGCUCCUGUUAUCUUCUCUCAUUCAGCUGCUCGUUCAAUAUGCAAUUCGACGCGUAACAUUGGCGAUGAUAUUCUACGCGACGUAGCCGAUAAUGGAGGCAUAGUUAUGGUCAGCUUUUAUUCACUUCACAUAACAUGUACCCGAAGUAGCACUAUCCGUGAUGUCAUAACACACAUCAAUUACAUUCGAUCAAUAGCCGGUGUUCAGCAUAUAGGUAUUGGAGCCGGAUAUGAUGGAAUAGACUCACCACCGUUGGGACUUGAAGAUACAUCAAAGUAUCCCUUACUCUUCAACGAACUAUUAAAGGAUCCGAAUUGGACAGAAGAAGAUAUCAGCCUGUUAGCAGGGAAAAAUUUUCUGCGAGUAUUUAAGUCUGUCGAAAAUGUUCGAGAUUAUUGGAAGCGAGCUGGCAUAUCACCACUUGAAACUAUUUCACCACCAAAACACUCUUCAUGUACUUACAUGCCUUCGUGACAACCGCCUUACAGAAAUCAAACUUUAAGCUAGAAACAAGAAUCAUAAAAUAAAACCGAAUACAGUUUGAGAUAAAAACGAUUGUAUCUCAACUCUACUGAGACAGUGAAAUAGAUUUUUUUUUGGAAAUUCCAAAAGACUCAAAAAUGCAAGAAAAUAAAAAUGGUUUUGUAUCAUAUUUGACGUUAGCUGUUGUGAUAAUGAAAAUUUAAAAAAUGAAAAAAAAAAACGAAAAUCAAAAUUGAUUUCAUAAAUAAAUGAAAGUUUAAAAUCUGA